AUGUUUCGCGUAUAUCUGUGCAAAAAAGGUGAUAAAAAAUGCAGUGGAGCGCAGUGUGACGUGAUUUUGAGUAGUAAAAAUAUUCCUGGACUGCAGUUGGGCGAUGUUUUGGAAAUUACUGCUUCAUCUGAACAACAGUUUUAUGUGCAGCAUUUGCACGAAGAUGUCGAAAGUGGGAUUUAUAGAGAAAAACGCAUUUAUAUUGAGAAAACUAUUGCUGACACGUUUUCGCUAUCGCAAAAUCAGUAUGUCACAGUGAGAAUCGCAAAUAGAAGUGAUGUAGUAUUGGAUCACAUCGAAAUUGCUGUCAAAGAACGCUAUAUUAGUAGAUCCGAUAUGUGGCGUUACCGAAUGUGCCUUAUUAAUAUCUGUGUUUAUAUAGGCAAAAAGAUAGAGUGGUUACUUAUUCCUUCUACUGUAGUCAACCUUUGGGCUAAAGGAGAAAUGGUAAAAAGUGGAUACGUUUCAAAAGAUACUCGUAUUGUGUUUCGUUCUGGAAGUGCUAUGAUGUUGAUAUAUAUUCAAAUGAGUUCGGAAAUGUGGGACUUUGAUCCUUAUGGUGAUCUUUAUUUUGAAAAAUGUGUCAAUGGAUUUCUUCCUCAACUGUUCGACCUGUGGAAUGAACAGCACUGUGCACAUUUAAUCACCUUUAUUGUUAUUUCGAGAUGGUAUUUCAAAGAAGAGUUUAUAAGUGAAGAAAUGAAAAAAAAAUUGUGUAUCGAUUACAGAGGGAGAUAUUAUGAAGAUUUCUAUCGAAUAUUAGUGCAAAAUGAACAUUACGAUGAUUGGAAGCUUACUGUUUUAUCAAAGGUAGAUCUGAGGGAAAAAAAGCUUGUUACGCUCUCAACUGCUGCGGAUGGAAAUUUUCUGCAGGUUUUAAAUUUAUCAAUGGACGAAUUAAGUGAUUACUAUACAAAUCGUAGAUUUGAAACAGUGGGACAGCAGAUUGUUUUUGUAAGCGCAGGUGGUGGGAUUUUCAAUGUUGAUCGAAAUUUGAUUAAUAUGACAAAGCAGCGCCUUAUUGAUAUGGGUAUAUCUCUUGAUCUUGUGCUGCUUGGUGAACAACCUCUUCACGCUGUGCCUUUAUUUGUCUUGCAAAGAACAGACAGUACUUGUCUCUCUGAAGAUUAUUUUAUUCCUCACUGGAUGAACUAUUCGUACUAUCAGAUGAGCCGACGUUCUGCAAUAUCAGUCAAGUUCAAACCACGAAUUAAUCUUCCAGAUGAUCUACUUCGGGACACAUCUACAGGUCUUGUCAUGGAAACAGAUUUACCCGUUAACGAUAUGGAUGCUGCGGAUGAAGAAGCAUUUUCCUCUCUUCUUGAAAACAAUGCUCUAGCAAGCAGUGUUAAUCUGCCUAAUGAAAUCGCAAAAGAGCUUUUAUUGAAAAGCGAUUGUAGUCGUGAUGACCCUGUGCACAAAUUACGUCGUAGAACAGAAGAAACAUGGCGAAGUGUUGCAGCGAAAAACACCGACAUGCGUCUUUCCAAGUCCGAUUUACGUGUAGGUUCAUUGGAAUCAGAAAACAUUCGGCAUGUCCACUCACAAAACAUUUUGUCAGUUUUUGAAGGACGUCCUUUGAUCAACCCUUUUAAACCAGAAGAAUUCAGCGUACGAAUAACCGCAAAUCGACGACGAUGGAUCCAUGUUUUUCCUGUAGAUAAACUUGGUCGAGCAAAGCUUGCUCAUCACUAUGUAGCAGGAAAAAGUAUUGUUAACGUAAUUCAAAGAGACGAAAUGGAACCGAGUGAAUUAUCAUCUCCACCAAUGCGUACUAUUACUAUCUCUCCUUCACGUAGGUCGCCUUCUCCUCUGUUUUCGGAAGAAAUUGGUAGCAACAGAGUGACAGGAGUUGGAGCAGGUGGUAAGAAAUGCGUUUGGGCAUGGGGUUCAACGGGUGAGGAAAAAUGGAAUCCGGAUACGGAAAUUGGGGUUGAUUGGAAAUCUCUGAUUCGUACUGCUCUCCUUCCUUUAACUACUGAUUUUUUCCCUGAUGAACGGAGCAUUAGUAAAGAUUAUAUGGUCAAAGCUCAUCAGCUUCCAGUAUAUUUCGAUGCGGUCCGUGAAUGGCUAGCAUAUUCAGUGCCUGAAGAUUUGGAGCUUUUUCGGAAUCUCGUCUUUGAUCAGCUUGUUUGUCAAAGGUUGCAACGCGGUUUUCAGAUAAUUCUUUUAAGAAAAAAAGUGAUGCAUGCAGCAAUUGGAAUCAGUGAAGAACAAUCAGAAAGGAUGGAAAACACAAAAUUAGUCUCCAGAGAAUGCUUCUUAUCAUUUGGUCGCAUUUAUCAUCGACUUUAUAUGGAGGGUGAUGGAAUAACUGUCAUCCAAUUCCUUCCAAGACUUGGAGAAUUUAAGGAAACACCAGAAUUAGCCAAACGAAGAGAAUAUACUUACAUGUUACAAGUGCCGGACAAUUCUUAUUAUGAACCAUGCAGUACAAGAUUUCAAAAAUAUGAUCUGUCAAAUUUGAAUUGGAGUCUUCUUGAUACUCAAAUACAAAAUCGUUAUGUGCCUCGGCUCUUUAAAGAUGAUCUUAAAUGUUUUGCAGCAAGGUUUCUGUUGACACCACUAUGCAGCAGUAUAACAAAAGCGAUAAUUUCGGAAAGAAAUGGUGGCGAUAAAUAUAUGGGUCUUCAUGAUUCAUCGUUCUAUAAAAGACAGGAAGAUGGGUUUUUGAAGUUUGUAGAAGUUUUGAAUCGCUUUCGACGAAAACCUUUAUCAAGGCAGAAAAGACUAGUGACUUUAGCAAAUGAUGCUGAAAGUCGAAUAUACACUAUAGAAAACGUCGAUGAUUUGUUGAAUGGUUGGCGUGAGAACUAUUCACCGCUUUAUUCUCAAGAUUCCUCUAACCGAUUUCCACCUUACAUGUUUCUUACUAUAGAAUUUGUUGCUUGGCUGGUGAACAAUGUCUGUGAACUUUCGAAUCGGCAAGCUGCUAUUGAAUUUGCUGGUAGCUUAAUGGCUGCCGGAAAAAUACGAAUGUUACGACCGACUGAAACUGUAGUCGAUGACCUUGAGUCUUCUAUGUCAACUGAUAGUUAUGGGCACGAGUUUCGUUACGGUUUUUUUUUGUGUUACAUUGUCAAUAAAAACAUUGCGGAUGAAAAAGUAGAAGAAAAAGAAGCGUUUUCACGAGCAGUUCAGUGUGAGAUUGGUCAAAAGUGCUCUGGUCUUAAGUUAAGCAGUUGUGCUCACAAGCUAAAUUCUGUAGAGAUGAAGUUUUUUGCGCAGUUACAAAAACCAUCUGAUGCAGCUGGACGUGAAUAUCUUCCAUCACAUAUGCCUAGACUGACAGAGUGGGGUAAAUUUGCUUAUGAAAGAACAUUUUGUGCAGCGAAAUCUUUUGAAAUUGGUGUGCGGUGGUUCAUGGCAAACAGUCAAACAGUGUCAGAAACUGCGCGUUAUUGGUGUAGCAAAGCAACCAGUCUGUCAUUUCAUAUGUUUCCUAUACCGGACGAUCCAUUCCCACUUGCUAUGAAUCCACUUUCAGCUCCUUUUCGCCGUCCUAUUAUGAUACCUUUUAAAAUCACCGAGAUCUCAUCGAAUGAUCUCUGGCGAGUUAUUUCUACUGUAGUAACUGCUUUUGGUUUCGUUGAAAUGGGAUGCUCUGUACAUUAUGUGCCUCAAUAUGUUCAUCUUACGGGUGGUAUGUUUCUUAUGUACGAUGAAGCGCAACAAGUAUUCCUGUGGUCUUGGAACCAUAUGCUAAGUCAUAGAUAUCGAAGUCAUUUGAAUUGCACAGAAGAAUUUCUGGAUUAUAUGCUACUGGAUUUCCGGUUAUUCUGUGAUAAUAGUACUCGUCUUUAUAGUUAUGUUCAAGAAUUGCUUGAAAAGUAUUGUAACACUGAUAAGCAGAUUAUCAUGAAAUACGCGCAGUUAGUUGUUGGUCCUGCAGGAAGUGGCAAAUCAACGUAUUGUUCCAUUCUACAGCAGCAUUGUUCAUCAACCGGACGGUGCGUUUUUUUUGUUAAUUUGGAUCCUGCUGCUGAGAAAUUCAACUACACUGCAGUUGUUGAUGUGCGAGAUCUUAUCAGCGUGGACGAUGUACAAGAGGAUAAGCAAUUAUUACUUGGUCCAAACGGUGCUUUAGUAUUUUGCAUGGAAUAUUUAGUGCAGAAUUUAGACUGGCUUCAUGAUCAGUUAAAUGAAGGCGAAGAUGAUUAUUUUAUUUUUGACUGUCCAGGCCAAAUUGAACUAUAUAGUCAUUUGCCAGUAAUGCGCCAAAUCGUGAAUGCAUUGAAGUCAUGGGACUUUAAUAUAUGUUCUGUGUUCUUACUUGAUACUCAGUUUGUUUUGGAUUGUGAUAAAUUUUUAGGUGGAGUCUUAACCACGCUUUCUACUAUGAUUACACUAGAGGUACCUGCAGUAAAUGUGCUUUCAAAAGUCGAUUUGCUUUCUGAGCGUAACAAAGAACUGCUAGAAACUUUCCUAGAGUCUGACGCACGAAGCAUUCUGAGAAAUGAAGAGGCAUCGCCUUGGAAUGAAAAAUAUCGCGAACUUUCUCAGACAAUAGCUGAUGUUUUAGAUGACUACAGCCUUGUACGUUUUAGUCCUCUAGACAUUGAAGACGAAGAAUCGAUCAGUGAUCUUUUAGCUAUUAUAGAUAAUACUAUACAGCAUGGCGAAAAUUCAGAGGUAAAAGAUCGCUAUCCUGAAGAAGUUGAUGACGACGAUAAUUGUGAUUAA